GACUGAGAGAAAAAACUUUAAGGGGCAGUUCGGUACAAUAUGAGGUGGCUGUGAAUCCCCUUGUACAUGUGUGAGAAAGUUGAACGUAAAGCCCACGCAGCAGCAGACUGCAGCUCUUCCAGUUAACCAGUCCGUUGGCACCGUGUUGGCUCAUCUCAUUUCAUCGCCUGACUCAACAGCUGUGCAUUUGAAGAUGAUGCGAUUGCUGUUCCUGUGUCUGCUGCUGCUGCUGCCAGCUGCUACUGCUGUUUCAGAAGAGACUGAAGGAUCAGCUGAUGACGGUCUGAAUGAUGAUGAUGACGAAGAUGUAUAUAGACAAAGAACAAAUACAGAUCUUGGCGCCACAGCUGCAGAUAAAACUACAGGCGUAGAAAACGCGGCAGAUAACUUCACCGUGAUCGUCAUCGUCGUAGCUGUGGCUGUGUUGGUUCUUUCAGUCGCUGCGAUAGUCACCAUAAUGUUAGUAAGACGCCACGCGCACAAUCGGCAGCAAGGGGUCUACUCCGUGCCUACAGAGCAGGACCAGAAAGGGGCAGUCUAGUUCCUGGUGGAGUAGCAGUCUUACAACGACAGACAAGAGAGGAGCAAUGCACCGGGCUAUGUCAUCUCCUACUCUUCGACUCAGGACAGAUAGACUUCUUUGCACAACAGCCUGCUUCUCACCAUCCAGUACAUUGCUUGCUCCUACAUAAACUCCUAUGAAUACAUAUGCAAUAUAUAUAUUUUUUUUAUGUUACACACUUUUGUCUUUGUCCCAGCCGUUUAUACUCCACAUAACAUGCAAUUUAGCCAGGGACAUUUGGAACACAUUCAAACCUUCUAAUUGGAUUCUAUUUGAGGAAUCCAAAUCAAAGCCAGUGAAUGUGGCUUAAAGCUUCUUUUGUUAAAAGGGAUGAUUUAGCACAGCCAAAGCUCCCCCCUUUUUUUUACUACCUGAAACAAGAAAUUAUUCCCACCAGCUAUGCAGUGAAACUGUAUUUGCGUUUGAUUUGGUGCAUGUGGAACAGACCUGUCUCUGUGAAAUGGUCGAUGAGUGAGACAAGCCAUGCUAAUCCACACUAAGCCAGCCCAGUGCUCACUUCAUUCUCCUAUUCACUUGUCUGACACCUUCUGUUCCUGGCCCAUUAGGAAUGACAGGAGGCAGCGCAAUAGGGAGAUAAAAACCUGUUCCCCCCUCUUGUCAACCUCAGUAAAAAAGAAGUGAAAAUAGCCAGUGUGAACAUCUCCUUGCAAGGCAGCAAAUUAAUCGACCGCCAUGAAUGAUGAUGUUUUCUUUUCCCCCCUCUCUGUUUCGUUUUGAAAGGCUUUCACUUUAGUCCCACAGAUUGUAAAUACAGUGGCUCUCUGAAUGCUGCAGAGAGUUAGAUUAAUGCCUCACACUGGUAGAAAGAAGCUGGGUGUGAGGGAGGGAUACAAUCUCACGAAUCAAAUAAAGUGUUGGGGAUGAUUGGGGAAAAUACCAACAAUGCUUUUGUUUCAUUCAUACAGAGCAUGAUGGCUUCUCUGUUUUCAUUUAAAUGGAAAUCAAUCAUGCCCUGUGAAAGAAAGCUUUCUAUCCAAGAACCAGAGGCACUGGUUGCCUUAUUUGUUACAAUACAGAAAAGGGAAAUUUCUGUGGCGAAGGUUAACGGGGAAUGAGACAUGCUCCUGUUGGACAUGACAGUAUUUCAGUUGUGGCUUUGAGUAAGCAGCAGUGGGAACGGCUACACGGGGUUAAACGCUGGAUUUGUCAAAGCAGGAUCUCACUUUGCUCUACCACUAAAUCUCGCAGCUAAUCUUGCCACUGGGGACAGGGCUCGGCUCCAGACCAGCCAGACUUGAGAGCAAAAACAAUUGUGGAGUCACGUCUUCUUUAGGGCGAACAGUGACUGUAGGUCUGAAGCGUCGUCUUAAACAUGACGCAUCCCAGUUUAUUUAACACAAACCAAUUGGCAGAUGAUUAUUGUUUGUGCAUUUGUUUUACCGUUCAUAUUUGAGCGCUGUGUGUACAGUGUGUGUUACUUCUCAAAGCGUAGCAUUGCCCAAUAAGCCUUCAAUAUCUGUCAGCAUUUCAAAGGGAGGACAACUGGACAAAAAUUGCAGUACAAAACAUUUCAGGUUUUUUUCUAUGUCUUUGUAGUCAUAUUUACUCACAUUCACUUUUUCUGUCGGACAAACAAACCACAAUGACAACAUUUGAGCAGGGGAUUCUCUUUGUUUGAAUGUAUAAAGUAAACAGACUUGUGCAAAAACCCAAAGUGAAAUGCAGUGUUUGGUUCAGACUGCUCCGCACAUGAUGUGACCAAACGCUGCACAGUUAUUCCCUCCUAUGCAGCCUCUCUGCUGUGACACUACUGAUGCAGAUGUAACAAAUGUAGAUGUUGAGCUUUUCUAUCUCUCUCAACGGCAUGUAUGUGGAAAAAGUUAUACUUUUUUACCCCCUUUUUUAAACUGGCUGAUUGUCUUUCUAUGCAGGCUGAAGUACGGUGUCUCUGUGAGCUCAAUGCACUGCAACUUAAAGGGACAGUUCACCCCAAAAUCAAAAAUACAUAUAUUUCCUCUUACCUAUAGUGCUAUUUAUCAGUCUAGAUUGGUUUUGCAUGAGUUGCUGAGCUUGUGGUGUUCAAAGCAUCAAAAAAUGCAUUUGAAAUCAUGAUCUGAUUACUCAAGAUAUCCACAGACCUUGUUGUGAGCAGAGGAGAACUAUUUUCUUUCUACCGAACUACACCCGCCAACCACAUCAGCGUGCAGAAGGAAGUGUGCAUCUACUGCUAGCCCACCUAGCACCAAGUACGAUGCCAUUCAUGUUUACAUCUCGGUCUGUCAAAAGCACAAGCCUCUAGUCCAUGAGUAGAUGCACGCUUCCUUCUGCACAGUGAUACGGUUGGCGACUGUAGUUCUGUAGAAAGAAAAUAGUUCCUACAUGAAACUGCUCACAACAAGGUCUGUGGAUUAUCUUGAGUAACCAGGUCAUGAUUUCUGGAAAGAGACAUUGCUGUUGAGAAGACACACAUCUCUAUAACUGAUGCCUCUAACACCAAAACAAUCUAGAUUGAUAAAUAGCACUACAGGUAAUAGGGGGAAAAAUGGAGUUUUGAUUUUGGGGUGAACUGUCCCUUUAAGAAAACACGUGCAAAUAGACAAAACAAGCAAAUAAAGACAUCCUCUUGUUCAAUAUGACAACACACGAGCAGAGUUUUGGGGAAAUAAAUGCUGGAAAUACAGACAACACAAAAAAUACACACAACAGAGCUAAAUAUAGAAACAUGCUGCAAAUAAAUGCAAGUUCUGUACGACUUGCAGCAUUUCAGCAGGCUACUGUAUUUGGUUGUUUUUUGUUUUUUCCCUAAAUGUACAAGAUCCUUUCUCCAUUUGCUUAUGUUUUAUCUAGUUGCAUGCGUUUUCCAAAGCUGCACUGUGUAGAGCCUCCAGAGCCACCGUACUAAAGGCAUGGUCUGACUUUAUGCAAUUCUUCUAGCUUUUAAUAUAUAAUAUAUUGUAAGUAUUUACAGAGUUACUGACCUAUAUAUUUGUAUUGUUUCUCUUGAUGGAAAAUGUAUUGUAUUUGGCUAAAUGGUCUUUUAUAUACUUGUUGUUAAAGGGUGCUUCUUAUCUCCAUUGUUCAUUUAUACAUUUUAUUUGUGUAAAAAAAAACGUUGCGGCAAGUGGGAGUCUGUUUUUUUGCCAAAAACCCUUAUGUAAAAUAUUUGUAUUUUAGUCAUAUUGUAGCAAAAAAAGUUUAAAUUUGGACUUCAUGUUAAAUGCACAUGUCCAUAUAUACCUGUGUAUCCAGAUUAACCCUACCGUAUGUGUAAUUUAUGCAAAGGGCACUUACAUUGUUUUCUCAUUGUAUAAUUAUUUGCAAAGUAUAUAGUGCAUAACCUUAUAUCUCCCAAGAAAACAGUUGCAGUCAGUGAUUGUACACCAUGAAUCAAUUCUGUUUGCACAUCUGCUCUCUCCCUGAUUUUGUUCUGAUAGCAAUUAGAACAGUGAAUACUACUGUAGAUUAAGUAGAACUCUGUGUUGAUUUUGACAUUAAAUCUGUUAAAAAAAUUUGCUUGGUUUCUCCCAG